AGCAGUCCAGAUGUGUUGUUUUAAAAAAAUGUCUCUUGUUUUGAGGACGCGACGCAAACAAUUCGCGGGCUCCGUUUGGACUUUGUUACGCUCGCCGUAUGGCAAGCGCCAGAGUCCGUGCGUUUUCCAAACGCUUUAAGGACGCUUGCAUGGUGAUAGAAAACGUGCUGAUUUAUUAAGGCCAGCUGAUUUAAUAAGCAAUAUGGAUUGUAUCUUGCUUAAACGUUUCACUGUUUGAAUUGUUAUUUGCUUCUGGGUCGUCAUCGUCGAAUGUAGUCAGCGUUUCAGAGGAAAAGACCAUUUACUGUUACCAAUAACGUGCUGUUAAAAGCGUCGGUAUGAAAAGGUCCAGACAUGAGGACGACUCUGCAACCUUACACUUGGAUCAAGAAAGUGGGCAGAAUGCAAAUAAGCUCCCUCGAUCCGAGAUUGAAAAGAUUAUAUCAGAUAAGGUUGUGACUGCAGUCGAGCAGUCUGACUCCAAGAUGAAGAAUCUGUUGGAGAGAAUCGGUGAAGUGAACAGUGAACCCAGAUACGAUGCCAGAAUCAAGAAUCUGGAAGCUCAUGUAAGGAAGAUAAAACGAAGAGGAGAUGCAGUAUUUGCGUAUAUCAGAAAGUUCAGAUCUUUAGGGAUGUCUCAGAAUCAGUCUCCUCCUCCUUCAAGUCCUCCUCCUGUGCAGCCACAGAGAUGCAUCUCUCCAGCUGAACCAGUAACCAAUAUAUCCAGCAGAAGUUCAGUCAAUGGAGGGUGUUUCAGUGACAACGCUUUAAUAUCAUCAGCAGACAAUGAUUGUGAGACGACCGCACUGAGAAGACCGAAGAAAGGGUUCUGGCAAAGCUUGCGACCUAAGAAUCAGGCUGUUGAGCUUACAGAAGACAGAGGUUCAGCAGCCAGACUGAAUGAGGAGAGCCUGGUUACCCAGCCGGCAGAUCAGAAAUCAGAACCCUUAAAACAGGAACGGUCAAAACGCUCGAGCGCACCACCUGUGGCCAGUAAAGAAGAAAAGCUAAGCGUUACGGAGGAGGACAGUGUCAGUUCUUCAGUACAGCUGCAAGAGGAGGACUGGCACUCUAAACUCCAUCCGUUCCCAGACACGCCGUUUCCCAAAGAGCUUCCGGUUGUAGCUGCUUCUUACAACUUGCCCCAGAAGCCGGUGUUGAAACUGGCUCGGAUUGGAAGCGCUCAAGAACUAGGCAUCGCCUGGACCGUGGACCAGAAAGAUCCCCAUGCAGCGGAGAUGGAUUGCUACUUCAUUUACGUUUCCCAUGAACACAAAAACGGCACUUUUUCAGCAUGGAAGUGCCUCGGAGAGAUCAAAGCCAUGCCUCUUCCCAUGGCCUGCAAGGUGUCAGACUGCAAAGGAGAUAAACGACUGUGCUUUAUCGUUGUGGGGAAGGAUAUAUUUGGCCGGUACGGGCCGUAUAGUGACAUACGCACUGUUGCAUCAGGACAGAAAUGAUCUCUGCAACAUUGCACCAGUGUUGAAACUUUUGUUUGUAUAAGGUUAGGAGUAUGAAUGUGACUCUUUGUACCGGGAUUUCAAGUAUUUAAUUUUUUUUAAGAUUUGAAUUUCUUUAAAAGAUGUUAAGUUGGGUACAAAUGAAAGCUUUUUUUUUUUGUUUUUAUUUCUAGUAAAAUGUUUUUUUAGUUGUUGUUGUUGUUGUUGUUGUUUUUUGGGGUUUUAAGUAACAAAGAGCCCAGAAAGUCAUUCCACUAAUAUGAGUCUUACUAACAUGAAAACAUUCAAAAAGAAGCUGCUGUCUUGCAUUGUUUUUUUAUAAAGUUGCAAACUGAUUUCAUUUGCCUCUGGUCUUCAUAAUGUGAGGUCUUUUCAGUGGUAUGAGUCAAAGCAGUCUCUAGCCAUAAUAAAUGGUGAUAGUUAACGUCUAAUGUAAGCGACUACAGCAGAAAUUACACUCUACUCAAAUGGAAAUGUAAUACUGAAUAAGUCGUUCUCAAAAAUGUUCACUUCUGACUUUUUUGUGAUGAAUUCAUUCAGUACCAUUUUGCCAUAAAAGACGGUGGUAGUCA